AUGGAACCAGCAAACCGCAAAUGUCUAUCAAAACCUUUCGGCACCUUCCGCAAAGAUACAUCCUCGUCUGAAGAGUCUGAUGUUUCGGUUUCAGAUGUAUCUGUAGUUUCCACAGUUAUGUACCGGGAAAAAGAUCACUUUAAGUUUGCUGCCAUCCGAAACGCCACCAGUUGCAGAAGCAGAAAUACCGCCACCUUUGUCAGAGAUAGAUGUUCCAUCACCUCAAGGUUGUCUCUGGUGAUACAUCUAGGGCUUCUCGCUGCAGUCGGUGCAUCAGUUUGUGCAGAUAAUCGAGCUUCAAGUGGAUUUAUCGGUGGUGAUAACGGCAACACAGUUAACAAUUUCCUACAGGUGCUGAGGGGAACGAAUACAUUUGAGUUAGAGGGUGAUAGCGUAAAACAUGAAGGAUGUCGAAAGAGUAUAGAGCAAUUUGUACGCCGUGGCUGCACAUGGUUCACGUACAGCAACUGCCCUGAAUGGGAUGCUUGUUCUAGGCCUUGCGGUGGUGGGAUUCAAUAUCGCGUAUGUAGAUCCUGCUUUUGGGAAUGGACAAAAACAUUUUAUCAAGGAUGUAUUGGAUUUUGUUAUAACGGAGGCAUUUUUUGGAAUUCACAAUGCGUAUGUCGGGCUUGGAGGUCAGGUCGCUGCUGUGAAGACUGUAAGCACGUUGUCAUUGACAACUGUCUGCCGGGACAUCAAGAAUGCGGUGGGUCGCCAGAUGGUAUAAGAUGCACGCAAUGCCAAACCGGCUACCAUCCAGCCGGAUACGGUCUAGGCUGUAAAGCCUGUGGUAACUAUACCGUUAACCAUUGUCUUCCCGGAAAAACUGAAUGCAGUGGCUCUUCUUCCGAUGUUAUCAAAUGCUUGGAAUGUGAGGGCGGGUAUGUCAGUGAUGGCACACGAUGCAUUGAGAUCACUGACAAUGGAAAAACGACGGAACUUGCGACUACGAAAAAUGACACAAACGUAACAGAUGAUGACGACGACUACGACGAUAAAGUUGCCCUCGCUGUAACAAUUGUAAUCCCCAUAAUCAGCGUUAUUACGUUUUUCACAAUCGUAGUAUGUUGCUUGUGUGACGGAUGUUAUGGUUACAAAUGCCGCAAAAAAUAUUGCGACUCUUAAAUAUGUUAAAAAACCAUGUGAUGCGCAAUCGAGUUUAAAGGCAUCCAACGCAGUAAAUUGAGGAAAUGACUAGAAUAUGUGGUCGGUAUUUCCGUCAAUCAAUUAUUGAAGUAAUUAAUGUGUUUCUGUUUAAUUCGUUCGUUCAUUUGUUUGUUCGGUCGUUCAUUCAUUCAAACAUUUAUUAUUUUAUCUUAUUUAUUAAAUGUUCUUCCACACGAGAAACACAUGUGUAAAAUGUGUGAAAGGUGUACAAUUCUCAGGUCGUGUAGCAUUCAUAUGUGUUGAGAUUAUUUUAGCUAAUAUGUAUAUGCUCAUAUCAAAAUGGCGGGCCCAUUUGUGUCCAAUGAAACUCAUGUUCACAUGCAUUGUUUUAAUAUUAUGCACUUGAUAGUUGAUACUUUAACACAUGUAUUAAAACUUUAAUGUAUGCACACGUGUCGUUACGCGUGAAAUUUCUAUCGUUAUUAAAUACAGAUAUUAAGUGCGGAGACAUUAUCUCGUGUGAAACAAUAAUACUCAUCAUAUCCAGCUUUAUUGUGCUUAUAUCAAUCGUUAUAUGCUGCUUGUAUGACGGUGGUUAUUGUAACCAUUGCUGCAAAAGCAAAUAGCCGAAAACAAACUAGCGAAAUAGCAGCUGCGAAAUGCGACCCUCGAAUAUAUUCAAAUACCUUUGACGCGCAAUCGGGUUUAGGGCCCAUUUAUGCCUAGUGGACUCUCACAUCCUUCUAAAUUGGAUCAAUUUAUUUCCAAAAUUAGGGAUGUCUAGUAUAUUUAUUUCUAUAUUUAGAAUAUUUCUUACAGAAAUUCCUUUCAACAAACAGCGCAGACCCUGAUAAGACGCCGCAUCAUGCGGCGUCUCAUCUGGGUCUACGCUGUUUGCCAAGGCCUUUUUUCUAGACGCUAGGCAUAAAUGGGUUGAAAGGCAUUCAACGCAGUUAAGUGAUGACAUGAACAAAAUGUUAGGUCGGUAUUUUCGUUAAUCAAUAAUUGCAUUAAUUAUUGUGUUGUUGUUUUGUUCGUUCGUAUGUUUGUGCGUUCAUUCAUUCAUUAAAUCAUUUUUUUUAUAUUUGUACUUUUUAUUUAAAUUUCACAAGAGAACAGCAAAUGUGUAAAAUUUGUGAAAUGUGUUAAAGUCAUAACUCUUGUAGGACACAUAUUUGUUGAGAUUAUUUUAGCUAUGCAUUAUAUGAUGGCGGGACCAUUUGUGUCUAAUGCAGCUCAUAUUCACAUGCAUUGUUUUAUUUUAAUAUUGUGCACACUAUAACUUAUGCAUGUCUUAUAUUUGAUACUUCAACACAUGUAUAAACUGAGAACCAUAACGUGUGUAGGUCUCAUGGUAAAUGAAAUUGCGAUGGUCAUUGAAUAAAGAUGUUAAGUGUACAAUAUUUUUUUGUGUUUCACCCGUUAUAUGAUCCGGCAGUAUGUGAUAAGAGUAAACAAAUUUGAUCGUCUACAUAAAAGUACAUAUGUUAUUUUAUUGAAAAUUGAUUGAUCAUUUUUAGAUUUUACCAAAUGUAAGUAGUGAUUCCGAUUGUAUGUAUAUUUAAAGAAUCAGCAAAUUAAGUUUUCCAUGGCUGAUUACAAACGUUAUGUUUAUUUUUUAAGAGAAUGUGUUUUUGUGUUUUGUGUCAGCGGCAAGAUUUCAUGCAUGCUGGUAUUUAAAUUAUAAACAUGAUUGUUAUAAUGUUGCCAUCAACUCCAUCCUUGGAAUAGAUUGAGUACUUGGGUGAUAGAUAUAUUUAGUGUUGCAAACUUCACAGCACUAAUAAUUAUGUUGAUUGUUUCAUGAACUCACACUUACAAAAACAAUACUCCCACUUCGUUUUCAGUUUUAUUG